GCAGGUCAUUGCUACCCGAGUGCAUCCUUCGACGCUUUUGCCUCUCGUUCGCAGGUCUGUCAUUUUAUCCAUCUGCCGAAAGAAAAAAGUGUUUUGUUUUCUACUAACUAGCGUGAAAAGCGUUCCCGUUCAAAAGAAUCAGGAAAAUUUCCUCGGUUUUCCGGUAGUGAUUACAGUGUGAUGGUGUGUUAAACGGUUGACCUUACGUUCCUCAACAUGGACGACGAUUUGAUAAUACUGGACGAUGAGUUGCACCUGCUUGCGAACAUCGGCCAUCACCAACAACGACAACAACAGAUUUAUGUAGCGAAUCCGGGUCCUUCCACCAGGACCCGGCGGGCCAAAAUUCCUCCGGUGCAACCUCAGCAGCAGCCGCAGUCCGUUCGGGACCGAGGGGUCAAACGCACGCGGAAUGGCGCCAAAGUAUUACCACAAAAAGCUACGAUUCCUACAGGAGCGGUACCCGAGGCGAUAAUUCCGGAUCAAUACAGUUCCUCGGUGAUUGUGGACGGACAGGAUGUCUACUACAUCCAGGAGGUGGACGACGAAAGUUCGGAAGCAGUGGAGGAAUUCCCCUACCUGAAUCCCAAUGCGAUUCUGUCCUACGUGGACGAUGAUGGGACUGAUACGGACGAUGCCCUGGAAGUCCCAGAGGAACAGCCACUAACCGAUGAGCAGGAAUACUACAACGUGGAACCGCUGGAGCUGUCCGAUAUUUGGAACGAUUUGAUAACGGCCAAUCAGGAGAUUUUGAUUUUGCUGGAGCUGCCGGAUCUGAAGGAUCAUAUUGUGGAUGCCAGGCGGAUUGAGGAGCAGAUCAAGGAUAUGGCAUGCGACUAUUGUAACCAAAUUUACCCGGACAUCAAAACCCUGGAUAGGCACAUUAAGAAGAUUCACUUCCAAACGGAGCAGUUCGAGUGCGACAGCUGUGACGGUAAGUUCCGGCAUUUCGCUCGCUUCAAGGACCAUCUGAAUGGCCACACGGGUCAACGGGUUUACCAGUGCGACGAAUGCAACCAUCAGUAUGCAUUCCGGAUGGGGUUCCUGGUGCACAAAAUUCUCGAUCACAUGAAGCUGAACGGUGUCUACGUGUGUCCCAAGUGCGAUCUGGAUUGCCGAAACGCCCAGCACUACAAACUGCACAUCGCAAGCCAUAUUGAGUUCGGACCGAGUUCCACGAUGGCUCAGCAGCUUCCGGCAGCUCAACAGGCCACCCCAGCAGUCCCAAUGGCAGCGAUUCGGUCAACCAACGGAGCGGUUCGGAAGCCCCCGGGCUAUGCCAAGGAAAACGAACGGAACAAAUUUCUCAACGUUUACGAGAGCUUUUCCAAAAAUCGAAACGUGGAAAAGUCGAUUCCUACCGCGACUCCCAGGAGAAAACACUAAAUUAUCGGUAAGCACUUGACUCUUUUUAUCUUAUAAGUUUAUUUUUCAAACCACUCCAACAAUGGUGUGCGAUUAUUCUGAAAAUUACGUCACAUCGAUUUUAGUUUCGCCCAGAUGCGAAUCGUUAUAAUUUCCGUUUUAUCUGAAUUAAGUUUACUGAAAGUCGUGAAAGUACAUCAGUUUGCAGAAAGAAACAUGAAUCCAGAAGAUCGAUAAUUUCCUAUGUCAGACAUAUGAGGUGACCGUCUUGUCGUUAGAUGUUCCAGCUGCCUCAAAAAAGGAUCGUUUUUGAGUGUAUUUGUAAAUAAUAAUAAUUUACGUAUAAUU